UGAGCCGCGGGGACGCGCCGGUUUCCGACAGGUGGAGAGACAUGGCGGCCGCCUUGCCGCCCUCCCUAGCCGGCGCGCUCGAGAGCGGGUUCCCGCACGUGCUCAACAGCACCGUCUGUGGCGACGAGACGGUGUUCCCGCCGCCUCCCGCGGAGAACGAGACCGCGCCGCCCCGGGUGAACGACAAGGAAUUCGGAGGCUCGGCCGGCGCCCACGCCGCAUACGAGGCCGCCUGCACGUGGAAGGCGCUCCAGACCUACAGGGCCCUGAUGCGGCAGCGCGAGCUGUCGAAGAGGUUGCUCGAGGACAACACGGAGUACAUGCUGCGAUGGCUGCCGCAAGACCCGCACCCUACCACCGAGAUGUUGAUGGCCGCGGUUGCUGCGGCCUUGGAGGUGAAGCCCGAGGCGAUUCUGAAGACGGGAGAGUUCGAGACGCACCGCCUCGUGGUUUUCGAGCACAAGCCGGCGUCCUUGCAGGACAAGCUCCGGGUGCCCGCGCUGUGGCGGUCGCUGGCGGCGAACCCGCUCGGCGACCUGAAGGAGAUCUUGGAGCCCACGUUCCCUACCGAGCUCAACUUCACCAAGUGCACCGACGAGAGCGUGUUCCCACACCCCGGGGAGGGCGGAGAGGUGCCCGCCUCCGCGGUAGACGAC